AAUCUAACCUAUCUAUCAGGAAAGAAAGAAACCAGGUAGAAUUGAAGCAGAUCAGUAGUAGUACCUGAAAAGAAUAGAAAAGAAAAGAAAAUGGCGAGCAUACAGGCAGCUGCUGCCACUGCCACUGCCACCCUGAUGCAGCCAGCCAAGGCAAGAAUCCAACAGCAGCAUCUCCGAUCGUCCCCAAGCGUGACCAAGUCCUUCGGGUUCGAUCCCACCAGCUCCAGGCUCUCGUGCUCCCUCAAGGACUUGACCCAGAAAUGCACUGAUGCUGCCAAGAUUGCUGGAUUUGCUCUCGCCACUUCUGCCCUUAUUGCAGCCGGAGCGAAUGCAGAAGGAGUGCCGAAACGUCUAACCUACGAUGAAAUCCAGAGCAAGACUUACAUGGAAGUGAAAGGAACCGGGACUGCUAAUCAGUGCCCAACCAUCGACGGCGGCGUCGACAACUUUGCCUUCAAAUCCGGCAAAUACUAUGCCAAGAAGUUAUGCUUAGAGCCGACGUCAUUCACCGUCAAAGCCGAGGGCGUAAACAAGAACGCGCCCCCGGAAUUCCAGAAGACUAAGCUCAUGACUCGUUUAACCUACACCCUCGACGAGAUCGAGGGGCCCUUCGAGGUCUCCUCGGACGGGAGCAUCAAGUUCGAAGAAAAAGACGGAAUCGACUACGCAGCAGUCACCGUGCAGCUUCCCGGUGGCGAACGUGUCCCCUUCCUAUUCUCGAUCAAGCAGCUCGUGGCGUCGGGGAAGCCCGAUAACUUCGGUGGAGAAUUCCUCGUCCCGUCGUACAGAGGCUCUUCGUUCCUCGACCCCAAGGGUAGGGGCGGAUCGACUGGCUACGACAAUGCUGUCGCAUUGCCUGCCGGAGGACGGGGAGACGAGGAGGAGCUCGAGAAGGAGAACAUCAAGAACGUCGCGUCUUCGUCGGGGAAGAUCACCUUGAGCGUCACGAAGAGCAAGCCCGAGACUGGCGAGGUGAUCGGAGUGUUCGAGAGCACUCAGCCGUCCGACACCGAUCUGGGAUCGAAGGCUCCGAAGGAAGUGAAGAUCCAGGGGAUCUGGUACGCCCAGCUCGACUAGUAGAAUCCUCGCCGGCUCUGCUGCCGCGGAUUAGAUUCUACUCGUUCGAGUUUUUUUCUGUAAUUGUAUCAGCGUUGUUCUUCAAUACAUGUCUCUGUGUGAAACUCGA